CUGUGGUGGCUGUUGUUGUUUUGACGCAGAGGGUCUUGAACGCACCCUUUAUCCCUGCGAUGACGUAAUGACGUAAAGACGCACCGGCUCCUCCACUCGGACGGUUGGAUCUCUAUUGUUGGAUCUGGCUCACAUCUCUUCGGCGCAGUAACGGUAUGCUGAGCAGACUGUUGUCAUGGCUUGUAAGUCGAGGACCAGAAACCUGCAGGUGUUUGACACAGAGCUGAGUGCUGACUCCGUGGAAUGGUGCCCUGUCUCACCUCACCACGACAUCCUGGUGUGUGGGACCUAUCAGCUGCAGAAAGGGACAGGCGAGAAGGAUGCUACCACGAGUCGAACAGGUCGCUUGUACAUGUUUGAAUUCCGUCGAGAGGGAGCAGUGAGCCCUCCUCUCACUGAAUUGCAGCGCAUGGACACAGCUGCAAUUUUAGACAUGAAAUGGUGUCACGUUCCUCUGGCGGGGGAGCCAGUGCUUGGGAUGGCUAUGGCCAGUGGAGAGGUGCAGCUGUACACACUCUCUAACAGUCAGGAGGAAGGAGGCCGCAGUCUGCAGUCUCUCAGCAGCUUGGAGGUUGGAGUGGACCGUCUGGCUCUGUCAUUAGACUGGUCCACGGGGAGAAUGGACAGCAGUGAUGUGCGGGUGGUGUGCAGUGACUCUGCAGGCUGCGUCAGUGUGCUCAAGCCGGCUGCAGGCAGUCUGACCUCUCUGUCACAGUGGAAGGCUCACGACUUUGAGGCCUGGAUCUCGGCCUUUUCCUACUGGGACACUCAGCUGGUUUACUCUGGUGGAGAUGACUGCAAACUCAAAGGCUGGGAUCUCAGGGCCGGUCCCUCCUGUCCCACCUUCACCAGUAAAAGGCACUCAAUGGGAGUAUGCAGUAUCCACAGCAGCCCACACCGAGAGCACAUCCUGGCGACAGGCAGUUAUGAUGAGCAGGUUUUUCUGUGGGAUGAAAGGAACAUGCGGCAUCCUCUCAGUGGGACUCACACAGGGGGAGGAGUGUGGAGGCUGAAGUGGCAUCCCACCGAUCAGCACCUGCUGCUGGCAGCCUGCAUGCACAAUGACUUCCACAUCCUUAACUGCAAGCAGCCCUUAGAGGUUGCAGGAGGACCAUGUCCCAUAGCAGCCUCCUACAUCCUCCACAACUCCUUAGCAUACGGAGCGGACUGGUCCCGGCUGUCCCUGGAGGAGCCGGCCCCCUGCUCCCCUCCUGCCGCAGAACCAAAAAGAAGCGUUGCAGAGAGCGGAGCACACUUGAGGAUUCAGUACGAAUCUCCUACCGCCAGCUUUGACACUUCCCUGGAGGACGAUGCAGGACGGUACAUCCCAGAGGACAUCACGCCACCGUCUACCGCCCCCGCUGUAGGCCCGGUCCUCGACUUAAAUAAGGACGCCCCGUCGCAGUCCUGUCUGCUGGCGAGCUGCUCGUUCUAUGACCACAUGCUGCAUGUGUGGCGCUGGGACUGGGCUCCAGAUGAGGCUCAGCAGUGUUGACCGGGCUGCAGUGACUCUAUAGAAGUAUCUUUAAUCACACUAGAACCUGAACAUGAGUAAAGCAGAGUGUAUCUCCCCACUGUAACAGGGUGUAAUAUGCUGUUUUACUAAUCUGUCUUCACGAUGAAGCCCGUCACUUUUCAAAUAUGCAAUGAAGGAAAGAUAUAUUUUCAUAAUGACAGUGUUUUUUUAUACGCUUAUAAACCUCGCACUUACACACUUCAACAGAAUCCAGCUUCAGUGUAACAUUUACAAACCUUCACUUCCUGUCAGCAGAAACACUAGAGUGAGGAUUAGCACCAGUUUCAUCAUGUGUCAUUAUCUGAUUAAAAAUACUUUUACAGACUAAAGUGUCCACACGGGAGAUUCUUCAGACCAUAUUUGACACAAUCCAACAGUGUAAACGUCUGUUACUUUAUUUCUCUGUAUGUGAUUAUUUCACCAGGCAUUAUAUUUAGGAUUAUCAGAAACUUGAGUCCAUGUAUUGUGGCUGUUCUCCAAGUAUCUCUCCAAAGAGGAAUUUAAGAAUUGCUGCUAUCUUCAAUUGUAAUAUUUUCCUCAGACGGUGUGAAUAAAUGUUUUGCUGUUGCUCACCA